ACACAACAGCUGGUAACACUGAAACAAGGAAACAAAAAUAAAGCAGAAAAAUGGAAACUGGACCGAAUGCAGAAAUUGAGCUUCUGGAGCGCGUCCUGUUGCGUCUGGGAAAUGCGGACUCGGAUGAAAAGCUGGAAGCCGCUGUAGGCAAGUUCCUGACCCCAGUGAUCCUCAAAAUGAACUCGCCACACAAUGCGGUGCGCACGAAGGUCGUAGAAGUGCUCACCCAUAUCAAGAGGCGGCUCUCGUCGCGCGGACAUGUGCAAAUACCCGUGGAGGCACUGCUGGAUCAGUAUGCCGCCCAGGAUAGCAGCACCUUCCUCAAGAACUUCGCCAUCAUAUUCAUUACUAUGGGCUUUCCGCGCCUGGCGGUUGAACAACAGACUGCGCUGGCCAGCAAAGUGGUGGGCUGCGAGGACAAGCUGGAGAGCUACCAGGACAAGCUGUUCGCCCUGCUGCUGCCCAUACUGUCGGACAUAAAGAUUCCCGACGACCCGGAGCAGCGCUCAAAGCUACUUGAUCUGCAGGACAAGCCAGCCAUCUGUGCAAACUUUCUGGCACUGCUCCAGGAUGUGCUCCUCCUGCCCUAUGGCAUCACCCAGGAACAGGAUGUGCCUCCGGGCCUGAGCCCGUACAGUUUUACGCGCAUCAUCGCCUACAAUUGGCGCGCCGAGGAGCUGGAAAAGGUCAAGAAGGGAAUAGUUCGUUUCCUGUGCGCCAGUGUCUUUAGUGAUUUGCAGAUCUUCGUGCCACUGGUGGUGGCUUCCGCGGACACACGUUUCAGCGUAGCCACUCCAGCAAUCACAGAGCUGAGCAAGCUCUGUACAAUGCUGGAUUUCAGCAACCCAGCGGUGACUGCCCCGUUGUACACUCUGUUCGCUGGCAACCAAAGCAAGUUAACUGACCGCCAGACACGUCCCUGCUGCGCCCGAGUGCGCCAAAAAUUGCUGCAGUACCUCAUCAAGUGCCGUGGCAAAAGCAUUAACGUCACCAAGGGCCUGCAGGUGACCUUUGAUGGCUUCUUCGGCACAAACACCAACCAGAAGUGCAAGGUCCUGGCGCUACAGUUUAUGGAACUGGUCCUCAGAGAGGGUCCCCGCGAACUGGUCUCGAAGGUUUCCAAGGUAAUACUUACCGGCAUCACCAAAAUCAUUGGGCGUGACUCCAACGAACCGAAUGAUGUGCAAAAUGCAGCAUAUUCCGCUUUGGCGCAACACGCUCGCAGUUUUCCGCAAGACGUAAGCCAGGAUCUGAAACUAGUCCUUGGGUACUUCAACAACCUGGCCAGCUGUGCACCAGAAUUGCAUUCAUCCAUAAGGGAAGCAUUGGUUUCGAUGGCUCCCGCAUUCGCUUGGAAGACCAAGGAAAAGAGCGAUGCAAUGGAGGUGGAUGAGAAUAUCGAUUCCUCAAGCGUGAAACUGGAUGGCCAACAGCACCUGCUAUUGGCCAUGCUGCUGGACAAUGCGGAGUCCAAGGUGCAGAUCGUGCAGAAUGUGACCAGUGUAUUCCUCACCAGCUGCUAUCCGGAGUACUAUGCACCAGCCAGAUACCUUUUGCUACUCAUCGCAGGGGAGCGAAAUUCCCUACGCGAGAAUGUGACCACUUACUUGUACGGCACCUCGAAGAAGGAUCACGUAAAUUACAGCAUGCUCUCUUCCAUCGAUCAGGCUAAGAACCGCAUAAGCAGCGAAUCUAUCAGUGACUUCAAUCACCUGUCCCUGGAGCAGCGUAGAGUUCUGCUACCCAGCUUCGAGGUGAUGAUGUCGCAUGUCCAUGAGAUGGCCGACAAACGCCUGAAAAAGAACACGGCCUGCGUGGUAGUUGGCCGUACUAAGCUGCCCUACAGCCUGGAGGUCUACGAGGAGAUUCUAGAUUAUUUGCGUCUGUGUCUGUGGUACUCGGCUGGAGUGGUUGCUGCUCCCGGCGACGAGAAGUACACCCAUGAGCUGCGCAAGUACAUAACCUUGCAUUACGAUGAUACAGAGGAUAAUGCACUCCAUAAAUAUAUGCAGUUUGUGCAACGAAGCGUGGAGGCCAAGAGAAGCGAAUCCAAUCUCAUUUGCCUAUAUGAUCUGCUGAAUGCCGCUCCGGAACUCUUUGCUGCUAAGCAGCUGCAUUUGCUGGAACCACUGGGCAACACUUUGAAGGAUGUAUCCGAGACUAUGCGUAUCAAUGUGGCUCAAGUCUAUGGUAUUCUCUGGGCUUUUGGUCUCUCCGAUGAAAAAUUCGAUGAAGAAGUGGGUGAAUGCCUGAAUAGCCUAACACAAAAAACAUUGGAGCACAAGCAUGGCUGGCUUCUUGUGGUGGGUCACACCUUCAAUCGAAAAAUUGCUAUGCUUAAGCAAGAGAAUAAGACCAAGGACUUUGCUGCCUGGCCGCAGUUUGUUAAUGCGGUAAAAAUAAUCUCAAAAUCCCUCUGUGAAUCCCAAUGGUUGCUGGUGUCGGCAGCAGUGAAAUGCAUCUCCAUGAUCGGCAAGGCUGUGGAAAUACCAAACGUCCCCGUGGAGAUCCAGGUUCCAUCCAACGAUGGAGACGACGACGACGAGGAGAUGACCGAGUAUACGAGCAUAGAUUCCUCGACAAAGCUUGUUAUCUUUGGCGUCGUCUUUCAAUUACUGCGAAGCUCCUCAGCGCGUCAGAAGAUUCGUGAGGACUCAGCCAGAUGUCUCGGAUAUCUGGCCAUUGGCGACGGCGAACACUUCACCAAGCGCAACUUGGAGAAGUUUCUUGCCCUGACCAAGAUUAAUAAGGAUGCUGCUCUAAACAUAGCCAUUUCGGAAGCGAUCGUAAACACGCUUUGUGGCUAUGAUGUGAACAAGGGGCCACCCGAUGAGAAGUUUGUUAAUAAGCACUGCAACGAUGGCGACUUUGAUCAUUUCCUGAACUCGCUAAUACGUCUGGUCACCGAUCCCAAUCCGCAUUCCCGUCAGGCAAUAUCCGUGUGGCUUCUAGCUGUGGUGAAGCACUGCAGCCAACGUCCAGCUGUAUUGGCCAAAAAAGAGCUGUUGCAGUUCGCUUUCACCGAACUUCUUUCAGAUGAUAGCGAGUUUGUUCAGGACGUGGCUUCCAGGGGCCUGGGACUGGUCUACUCACUAUCGGAUUCUGGAAGCCAAAGUGAUUUGGCAAACUCGCUGUUGGAUCAACUGAUUGGAGGAAAACGAAAGGUCAAUCAAGUAUCCCCAGACACUGAACUCUUUGCCGAAGGAAUGCUGGGUAAAACUCCGACGGGAGGCAACAUCACUACCUACAAGGAGCUGUGCUCCCUGGCGUCCGAUCUCAAUCAGCCGGACAUGAUCUAUCAGUUCAUGCAGCUGGCCAAUCAUAAUGCCACAUGGACCAGCAAACUGGGUGCUGCUUUUGGACUGAAAACCCUCUCUGCCGAGUCCAGGCAGAAGAUGCAGCCAUAUCUGGGCAAGAUCAUUCCGCGCCUAUAUCGGUACAAGUACGAUCCCACACCCAAAAUUCAGAACUCGAUGAUCUCCAUUUGGGAUACCAUUGUGACUGACUCAAAGGAAGUGACCGAGCGUUACUACUGGGAAAUAUUGCGUGAGCUGCUGGACAAUCUCACUUGCAAGGAGUGGCGAGUGCGAAUCGCCUGCUGCCUGGCAGUAAGAGAUCUCCUGAAGCGUCCCAACGGUCUUAAGCUACGCUCAGAGGAGCAGGUUCGUCGUGCUCUCCCCGCUAACAGUAUGGAAGUGGAUGAGGUUCCUGAGCCGGAGCUGAAAGAGCUAUGGUUCCAACUGUUUCGUGUGAUGGAUGACAUUCAUGAGGGCACACGGGUCGCUGCAAACGGAACUGCCUCAUUCCUCGGCAAGCUGUGUGUCAUCGCAUCGUCAUCGGAUCAUGGCAAAUCCGGGACAGCCGUAGCAUCAUCGACAUUGCCAUUUUUGCUAGAAACCGGAGUGGGUCACAAGGUGCCCGAGAUACGUAGAGUUAGCAUCAAGACCAUCUCCGACAUGAUUGAUUCCUCGGGAUCGCUAAUUGCCCCGCAUCUCGCCACCCUGAUUCCCUGCCUGCUACGAGCCACUGGCGAGUUGGAGAACACCAAGCUCUCCUAUGUAUCCACUCGCUUGGGUGCGGACAAUGAGGCCCAGGAGGCGGUGGAUACGCUACGAGCGGAGGCUGCCAAGUCGCUUCAUACCAUGGAAACCAUUGGGAAAUGUGUGCGUUAUAUCGACUAUAACGUUUUGGAGAAGAUGACGCCCGAAGUGCUGGAGCUCAUGAAGGGUAGUGUCAACCUCGGAACCAAGAUUGGCUGUGCGCAUUUUGUUUGUCUGAUUAGCAUUCGCUUAGGCAAAGAGAUGACACCUUUGGUGGGAAAAUACAUUCGUGCCUGCUUUGUGGGCAUCAAGGAUCGCAACGCCACUGUGCGCAAGUACAACGCCAGUGCCAUUGGCCACCUGUUGGGCUUGGCUAAAGAGCAGUCGAUCAAAAGUCUAUUCACUAAGCUGGAAGAGUUGUAUGCCGAGCAGCCAGGAAAUCGCUCCAUUGCACUUACCAUUCAGUCCAUUAACAAGCGGCACCAUGAACUACUCAAGGACUACAUGGACAGUAUGUUGCCGCUGAUCUUCUUUGCCAUGCAUGAAGAGCCCAAUGAAGAGACGAAAUCUAAUGUCGAGCUGUGGAAGGAUCUGUGGAACGACGUUAGCCCAGGUGACGCGGGCAUCCGUCUCAAUCUAAAUGUGAUUAUACCCAAACUGGAGUCAUCUCUCACCGAUGCCAGCUGGUCGCGUAAAGCGCAGGCAGCGAAUGCGAUCCAAACGAUAGCCACUCGCCUAAGUAGCUCCUUGGAUGAGCCCGACCGAUUGAGGCUGAUCAAACUCCUCCUAAGCGGUCUGCAAGGACGCACUUUUGAGGGCAAAGAGCGGCUGUUACAAGCUUUGGCCAGACUCACCAAAGGACUGGAUCGGAACCAUCAAAUCUGUUCCAACAUCAUCGACGCCGCCAUGAGGGAAGCAAGAAAGAGGGAACCCGUUUAUCGCACCAUGGCCCUGGCUUCUCUUGGCGAAAUUCUCGAUCAACUGGAGGCGGAUCGCUUUGAAGAAGUGUACAACAUGAGCUGGAACCUGCUGGAAAAAAAGGAGCUGCGCAAGGAGUCCGACGACGAGGACGAGCCCAGCACCAGUAAGGAACUGUCUGCCGACGAGCGCAACAAGCGGGCUCAAACACUCAAUCGACUAAAGGAGGUUGUGUGGGAGACACUGGGCAAAUCAUGGCCGCGUCACUCCAUCGAGACGCAGCACCGCUACCAACUCUUCUUUGCCGAAAACUGUACGAGCAUUCUGGCGGAGAGCACUCGCCCAGUGCAGGUCAGUCUGCUGGCAGCACUCACCAAGUAUAUCGAACGGCUCCAUGUCUUCGAUGAGUCUGCUCAAUUGCCCGAUCUGCCGCAGAUAAACCAGGAGAAGAAGAUCAAGACAGAGGAUCCGGCGCCAAAAACACGAGAGGCCAUUGUCGAGAAGAUUUGCACAGAUGUUUUGGCUGCAGUUGCUCUUGCCGCUGGAGUUCCUCAUUCCGGUUUGAAAAAGGAGGCGCUCAACAUCGUUCUUAUGCUGAUCAAGCGGCUGAGUGGAAACGGAAACCAGCAGCCACUGAAGUUGAUCAAGCAGAGCUUUGAGUCGAAUUUGGAAAAGUUCCAGCGCGAUUCGGCGCCGGAAAUCCGGUGUCGCAUCAAGGACAUCGAAGAGAAGCUUAGCAAGUUGAAUGCACAGAAUUAAGUCAUAUGAAAAUAAGGAUGUGUGCGUGGCCAAAAAACCUGCCUUGGGUAGAUUUAAUAAAAGGGGGUAGCGUUGAAAUAAAACAUCUAACUUUGGCAAAACUCA